AUGCUUGGUGACAUCCCACAGGAGAUCUUCGAACACAUCAUCCAUCCAUUGGAGCCGCCGGAUCUUAAGGCUCUGCGGAUGGUGAACCGGGGCUUUCGCGAGGAAUUACAGUAUCAAGAAAUGAAAUUCGAGGAUAUUCUUAGCGAAGAUGAUCCACAACAGGAGACGAAAGUCGAAUGGUUCACGGAUCUAAUUCUUGAAUUUAUUGUGAGAUUGAGAUCACUGAAAAUGGGUUAUGCCAUUGAAAAAUGCCCAAAUCCACAAGGGUUUUUGGCUAAGGACUGGGAUGUACCACAAUCGCAUCCUGAAGGCAUGAUUGAAAGUGUUUUGCAACAAUAUGCUGAAGGUGCCGUCUUACAGAAGCCUCGACACCUUUAUGGAGCGUUCCGCGUUACACUUCCACGCUUUGAGAAUCUCCAGCGCAUCGUACGUACCGAAGUCAGUGCCGGAGGCAUCGCCAUCGAUUAUCCGCGCACGGAACUGGCACUGUCUCUGCAGAAGCUCAACUACAUCUUCCCUGUGAGCGAUUCAGCGAUACGGAUGACCUUCCGGAGAGGUGCAUCGUCCUGA